GCGGGGAGUGUGGCAGAGAAAUGGGGAACAAUGCGAGUGAGCAACUUCAGGAAGUCAUUGUGAAAGAAAGCUGGGAAGAGCUCCGCGGCCAAGUUAGCCGGGUACUCUAACAAGUGCCUGCGCGGCUCGCGCCCAGGGCGGUGACUGCGGCCACAGCCCUCGGUCCCCGCGCAGCUUAAGCGCUGUCCGGGGCCGUCCGGGACGACCUGGGCUAACCCAACAGGGCAGAGGGAGCCCCGGCUCCAAAGGUUGCUCUUCGUGCCCGAGGAUCAGUCUCGGCCCCAAAGUGCGGUGCACACGUCCACGGGCCUGUGAAGGCAGUGGCUGGACCUUUGAGGAAGAGGAGAAGGGACCUGAGGCCUCACCACCAGAUAACCUGAGGACAAUGGAUGCCGAUGAGGGUCAAGACAUGUCCCAAGUUUCAGGAAAGGAAAGUCCCCCUGUCAGUGAUACUCCAGAUGAUGGUGAUGAACCCAUGCCUGUCCCCGAAGACCUUUCCACCACUUCGGGAGGACAGCAGAAUUCCAAGAGUGAUCGUAGCAUGGUUACAUAUGGGGCUGAUGGCUUUAGGGAUUUUCAUGCAAUAAUUUCCCAAACUUUCUCUCCCAGUAAUAUUAAAGUAGAGGCUCAGAGUGAUGAAGAGAAUAGGCGUGCCUGUGAAAUGAAUGGGGAAGAAUGUGCAGAGGAUUUACGAAUGCUUGAUGCCUCGGGAGAGAAAAUGAAUGGCUCUCACAGGGACCAAGGCAGCUCGGCUUUGUCGGGACUUGGAGGCAUUCGACUUCCUAAUGGAAAACUAAAGUGUGAUAUCUGUGGGAUCAUUUGCAUCGGGCCCAAUGUGCUCAUGGUUCACAAAAGAAGCCACACUGGAGAACGGCCUUUCCAGUGCAAUCAGUGUGGGGCCUCCUUCACCCAGAAAGGCAACCUGCUACGGCAUAUCAAGCUGCAUUCCGGGGAGAAGCCAUUCAAGUGUCACCUCUGCAACUAUGCCUGCCGCCGGAGGGACGCCCUAACAGGCCACCUCAGGACACACUCUGUUGGUAAACCUCACAAAUGUGGAUAUUGUGGCCGAAGCUAUAAACAGCGAAGCUCUUUAGAGGAACAUAAAGAGCGCUGCCACAACUACUUGGAAAGCAUGGGUCUUCAGGGCACGUUGUACCCAGUCAUUAAAGAAGAAACUAAUCACAGUGAGAUGGCAGAAGACCUGUGCAAGAUAGGAUCAGAGAGAUCCCUCGUGCUGGACAGACUAGCAAGUAACGUCGCCAAACGUAAAAGCUCUAUGCCUCAGAAAUUUCUUGGGGACAAGUGCCUGUCCGACAUGGCCUACGACAGCAGUGCCAGCUACGAGAAGGAGAAUGAGAUGAUGACUUCCCAUGUCAUGGACCAGGCCAUCAACAACGCCAUCAACUACCUGGGGGCCGAGUCCUUGCGUCCCCUUGUGCAGACACCCCCGGGUGGCUCAGAAGGGGUCCCAGUCAUCAGUCCUAUGUACCAGCUGCACAAGACCCCGACAGAGGGGCCCCAGCGGGCAAACCACUCUGCGCAGGACAGCGCGGUGGAGAACUUGCUGCUGCUGUCCAAGGCCAAAUCGGCGUCCUCGGAGCGGGAGGCCUCCCCCAGCAACAGCUGCCAAGACUCGACGGACACGGAGAGCAACACGGAGGAGCAGCAGCGCGGGGGUCUCAUCUACCUGACCAACCACAUCACCCCGCUGGCCCGCAAUGGCCUGGCGCUCAAGGAGGAGCAGCGCGCCUUCGAGGUGCUGCGCAGCGCCUCGGAGAACUCGCAGGACGCCUUGCGCGUGGUGAGCAUGAGCGGCGAGCAGAUGAAGGUGUACAAGUGUGAACACUGCAGAGUGCUCUUCCUCGACCACGUCAUGUACACCAUACACAUGGGUUGCCAUGGCUUCCGGGAUCCCUUCGAGUGCAACAUGUGUGGGUACCACAGCCAGGACAGGUAUGAGUUCUCCUCCCACAUCACGCGGGGGGAGCACCGCUUCCACAUGAGCUAAAGAUCCCCACAUACCCUGGACCCCUCCUCCCAUGUGUGGGCUCGAGCACACACACACACACACACACACACACACACAACCCUGAAGAGCCUGCUUCAUCUGGACCACGGAUAAUGUGGAGUGUGGACUAUGGGGUGUGGUGUGGAUUAUGUGGAUAAUGUGGAGUAUGGAUUCUGGGGUGGGUUCCUGGGAUGUGGUGUUCAUUGUCACCAGGCUGGUUGGGUUUCAUUUGCUUUUGCAAACCAGAUUUCCUUUGGUAGAGGCAAGAUGGCUCCUGGAGCCUAGAAAAACUUCCAUCUCCCUACGAUUCCAUAGACUUGUUAAGAUACACUUCCUCCCCUUCCCCACUACACACCACUCCGUACAGAACCUGAACAGAUUAAAUGAAACAAGUCAGAUCCUGCCAAGCAGGGUUGUGUAGUAAGCACAAAGUCCAUGCAUAUACCAGGAGUUCCCCAGGUCCCCACAGCUAGAGAGCACUACCUCUGAAGUACUGCCAUCUCUAAAGCUUAACAGGUGAGCAAUAGGAACAGGUAUAUGGCUGCUAGGGAGAAGCAGGGACAGAAAGUAUACCGAAGCCACAAUCUCAGGCCACUCAAAGCCAGAGAAGAAUGGCUGCAAUCUGAACCCAGGUAACAUUAGGUCAUCCUUCUCUAAGGAAAAUAGAGCUGUCCUAGGCAAGGGAGGGGGGAAGGGAUUGCAGAGCCCCCGAGACUCUACCUUGCUUUCUAAGCUUGGUGAGUUUGCCCAGGAGACAUGCAGCCUUCCUAAACUGGUUGCAAAGUGUCAUGAGUCCAGUGUUCUUGGGUACAAAUGUAAAGAGUCCUGUUCUCUGCUUUGUCACCCCUAUGCCUGUAAUGGUCCCUAUCUCCAUAUUCAACCACAGUCCCGAUAUUUAGACCUUAAUUUGAACCUCUCAAAGAGUAAAAUUCCUCAGAAAAUCAAGCUUUCUUCCAAAUUCUGCACUGUCUUAUCUGGGUGUUUAUUCUUUCCCCGAGGCUGGUUCUACCUAAAGCCAUGACCUUUUACCCUGUCAAAGGCCUAAGUACAAUCUCAGUGCUUCAUUUUAGUUCAGACCAUGUCCUAUUGUAGCUGCAAGUCUGGAUUCGGCUGUAUUUAUAAAGGUCUUUCUCUAUCCACACCUACAUAAUUUUUUGUGUGUAUGCCAGUACUGGGUCUUGAACUCAGAACCUGGGCACUCAGGAUUGGUGCUCUACCACUUGAGUCACAGCUCUAAUUCCAGAUUUUUGGUGGUUAAAAAGAGAUAAGAGUCUUACUGCCUCCCUGCCUGUGUUGCUGGCUUCAAGUCAUGAUCUUCCAAUCUCAGCUGUCUGAAGUAGAGUUAAAAUCUUGAGCCACUAGCAACUAUUAUUCUUUCUCUCUCACACACACACACACACACACACACACACACACACACACACACACACGAAUGAUUUUAAAGUGAAUACUCGUUGUUAGAUCAAGCAAAUAUAUAAGUCUGGCAUCUAAGUUUCUAAUACAUGGAGCUCACCAGUUCAAAACUAAAUUAACUAUUCUACAGUUGUACACCAUGAAAACAAUGUAGCAUUGUGCUCAUACAUAAAUAGGACAUUUGGCCAUGAACCCUUCAUCCCUGAGAGAAAUACCUACCAAGCCUGAUAGGCAAGAGGCAGAAAAUACUAAAGGUAAGACUCUAACCCAUGUGUGCUAAAAAAUGGUUGCAUCCCUAAGCCCACUUCAGGUGGGUGGGGAUUCUUAUCUCAUCCAGAAAGGAUCUCCUUCAAGAUUAAUCCUGUCAUCAUUGCCAUUAUGCAACAAGCAUCACUUGUUGGAGAGAGAGAGAGAGAGAGAGAGAGAGAGAGAGAAUGUAACUUUAAAUAUCUAUAAUAUUGGUCUUUACCAAAACUGUCCCAACGUGAACCUGAAGAAAUAGCAGGUACUUUCUGCAAGUCACUCAGUGUUUCAGGUGACACAAGGAUUCUUGGUCUCCAACAUGUUGAGAUAAUCCCCCGUUGUGGGCCCUUCCCUGCCAUUGGUGGAUGUCUGGUAUCAUCCUUGAUCACAACCCAGUAGAUGUCAGAAUCUUUCCCUAUUGAAAUCCAAAAAGUAGCUCCUGGUGUUGACAAAUAUCCCACAGGGGGCAAAGUCCCUCCCACCUGAGAACCACAGAUCUAAAUGAAUUCUAAGCUAACAGAAAGUGUGAGAAGCCUUCCCAAGUUCAGAAGCACAUGAAGAUUUAUCCAAGUCAGAUUAUAAAUUCUCUAAAUGUAUAAAUAACACCCCUCCAGUCAUUGACAAAUAUACUUUCCCAUGCACACUAGAGUUCACAAAGACAUCAUUCUUGAGUCACAGAUCUCUUUUCUUCCAGAAUAGUGUGGCAUUUUGAAACUAGAAAUAAAAGUGUAAUGGUAGUAAUUCAAGCUCAGCCAUGCCAAGGUCCUGAAUGAUGAAAAACAUGGAAAACCUAGGGCCAUGGACAACUUUUCUUCAAUAUGCAAUUACACGGACAGAUGCGCCUUACCCAAAUUUAUAUACUCAAACAUGAGAGACUUCUUUGAUUUCUGGUUUGCUAUAGGUUUCACCUACCCUCAUUCUUAUCCAUGCAUUCCACCCAAUCAACAGGAAGAAGGGAAUUUACCUCCUCUUCAGCAGCAUUCAAAGCUUAAAGCAGAACUGUAAAUAUUGGCUACAGGACUUGUUUUCUAAAAUGCUUUGCCCUUUUCCUCUCACUGCCUUUUAUAGCCAAUCUAAAUGUCUAUUUGCACACCUUUUGUUGUGGUUUUAUAUUGUAACAGCAUUUUUGAAACUAUUGUAUUUAAAGUAAGGAUUCAUAUUAUGUCAACAAGUAAUUAAAUUAUGUUUGAAAGGUGGCCAUAUGCUGUACCAAAAGUUGCUGAAGUUUUUCUUCUACCUGGUAAAAGUAGGAUUUUGCAUGACCUCACACGUUUUGUUCUAUGGUUUGUUCUAUGGUUGUAUGAUGGUGUGAGUGUGUGUGUGUGUGUGUGUGUGUAGAACAUCACUGUGCUAGAUUUCAGGGAAGUGUGCCUAGAUUCCACUCAUGGUGGAUUCACUCUCAUUGUGUUUUAUGUAAAUACCAGAGGCAGGAAAGCUGCCACAAGCAAGUCAACCAGUUGUUUACGGCUUGUGAUUGCUCUCUUUCAUUCCCCUUCCUCCUGAUCAGCCCAGCUUCAGGUGGAAUGUGGAGCCUCUGCUUCCUGCCCAGGUCCCUUUUGUAAUUUGUACCGUAGGUGGUAUGUUUUCCCCUAAUGAGAGAAUACCAAAGUAUCAUUGUGUUAUCAUUGUAUAUUCACCAACAGCCUGGCCCAACACCAAUUUCUUCAAACCCUGGCAUGUUCCCUUUCCAAUUUAGAAUCCAUUAUGUAAUAAAAAUCUUAGAAUCUUUAUUGAGAAAGAGAA